AUGUACCAGGAAGAUGGCCGACUUCGCUAUAUUGAAGGGGUUGACAAUGGCGAUGCACCGGCUCAUGAUGGCACCUUUGAGGUGAAGCAGGACAUCUUAGUCAGCAAAUUCAAGAAGUUUGUCAGGGAGUUCUCGUACAACACCCACAACGGGCAGACAGCAAUCACCUCGCUGAAGUACCGAGCACAAUUCAUGGAGAAUUGCGAGGAGGAGAACUACCGUUUGGAGGUGAGCUUGAACGACUUUAGCACGGAUAGCGAGGACGGUACCAUCUUGCACCACAACCUGGUGAACAGACCCACAGAGUUUGUGAAGCUUUGUGAGGGAGCGCUGCAGGACUUGUACAGGGAGUUCUUCCACAAGGAUGACCAGGACAUGCCUCAGAAGGUGCCUUUGAUGCAGCUGGCUUUCAAGACCGAUGCCAACCUGGAUGGAACUCUGGGAUCAACAAAGCCGAAGAUGAUCCGGGAGUUGACGUCUGACCAGGUGGAGAAAUUGGUUGUGAUUCAGGGCAUUGUGGCAUCUGUGAAGACUCCCCGUGACAAGGUUCGCAAGGUGGUGCUGAAGUGCAGCAACUGUGAGAACGUGGAAGAGGUGACUGUGGAGACUGGAUUCACAGCGGCGCACAUUCCUUCCAGCUGUAAGGGAAACGCCUUCCGUGCUGGGCAAAUGGAGAAGUGCCCUCCAAAUUCCUUCGUGGCUGUUGGAGACCUUUGUGAAUAUGCUGUGGACCAGUCUAUCCGCCUUCAAGAGCUUCCCGAACAUGUUCCAGUGGGAGAAAUGCCUCGUAGCAUCGAACUUUGCGCUCAGAUGUACGAUGUGGACCGGUGCACACCAGGAACGCGGCUCACCUGCAUCGGAGUCUUUUGCGCCACUGAAAAGGCAGCAGGCGACAAGCUGACCCGGGGGAGGAACCAGGGCACCAACACAGUGAAGUAUUCAUACAUCCAAGUUUUGGGCCUGCAACUGGAACAAGGAAAUCAGAGCCAGGGAGCUCUGAAGAUCUCGCCAGACGAGGAGGAAUACUUUGACAAGAUCUCGAAGGAUCCAAACAUCCGCGAGAUGAUCUUCCAGUCGAUUGCCCCAGCCAUUUGCGCGAGCGAGAAGGAUUCCAUCAGCCAAGUGAAGCGGGCCAUCGCAAGCCAGCUUUUUGGAGGAUCCCGCAAACACCUUCCCAGUGGAAAUCGCCUGCGAGGCGAUAUCAACGUCUUGUUGUUGGGAGAUCCUGGAACUGCAAAGAGUCAGUUCCUGAAGUUCGCCCACCAGGUUGCGCCUAUCGCAGUGUACACCAGCGGAAAGGGUAGUAGUGCAGCAGGUCUCACCGCAGCCGUGGUCAAGGACGGCAGUGGCUUCACCUUGGAAGGUGGUGCGAUGGUGCUGGCGGACAAUGGCCUGGUUUGCAUCGAUGAGUUUGACAAGAUGGAUGAGAAGGACCGAGUUGCAAUCCACGAGGCCAUGGAGCAGCAGACCAUCUCCAUUGCCAAAGCUGGGAUGACCGUCAUGCUCAACACCCGCUGCAGUGUUCUGGCGGCUGCCAACCCUCGAUUUGGCUCCUAUGACGACUUGUCCAACACUGCCGAUCAGAUGGACUUUCAGACAACCAUUCUGUCCCGCUUCGACAUGAUGUUUCUCGUCAAGGACGUUAGGGACCCCGAGCGCGACUACAGAUUGGCAAAGCACCUGGUUUCACUUCACAGUGGUGCUCAAACCGAGGAACACAAAGUGCCGCUCUCAACGCAGCAAUUGCGGAAGUACAUUGCCUACUGUCGCACCAAGUGCUCUCCACGCAUCACAUCAGAGGGUGCAGAGGUGUUGAAGAACCACUAUGUCACCAUCCGGAAGGCAAUGAAGUCUGAGAAGGCCACUAUCCCCAUCACCGUGAGGCAGCUAGAGGCAAUCGUCCGCAUUGCUGAGAGUCUCGCGAAGAUGGAGCUCAAACAGGAUGCAGACGUGAGCCACGUAGAAGAGGCGCUGCGUCUAUUCACCGUGUCUACCCUCGACUCUGCCAACCGCGAUCGCAAUGGUGUGGGUAUUGAUGUCCUCUCGGAGGAAGACAAGAAGGAAAAAUGCCAACAAAAUGCCACAGUACUUGCGCAUACCUUUGCGUUUUUGCCCUCUUGUGAUUUGAAAAGAGCCUUGUCCACGCAGUACAACUGA